GACUAUUAGCACUGUUUCCAUCAGCGGCUUCCAAUGGAGUCCUGCAUUCCCAUUUUUGUUCUUCAAUGUUUGUUGUUUGAUGCAUUUCAUUUAUGUCGGUUUCUUAAUGAUUCUGAAAAAUGGCAAAUUUUCAAAACUUACCAAAGUGGGGUUGUGGGAAGAAUAUAUACUGCUGUAGAGUCAGUGACAAUGGUUUACCAAAUAAAUUAAAGAACUUCUUCUUUUUCUAGACAGUGUUUUUAAUUAUUCCUUAUUCUGUUUUUUUAUACGCUUUCUUUUUAAUUUAAGCCCAUUAAGUUUUGACGUUUCCUUAUUCUACCCCGUACAAGUUUUUAUCAUAGAUUCAUGCUUCAAAGAAAUGUAAAAAAGUAAAACUAUGAAGGUAGAAGUCACUGAUUGAAGUCAGAAAAACUUGUCUAUCCAAGCGCUAUGGCUCAUGGUCAAUCAGAUUCUGUAAGACAUCAUGAUGAUCUUGAAUUGCCAAAGUACACAUCAAACAGAGGAGGUCAUUUGAUAUUUAAACUGAUCUCCAAAGUCACUGGAAAAAUUAGAGCUGACUUUAGAUCAAGGAAGGUUAAAAAGGAUGAGAUAGGGAAGGCCUUUCGUGGAAAAGUGUUAUCUAGAGUCUUCUCUGAGGAUUAUGAGGUAGUGGAGAAGCUGAUAUUGGAUCCUCGAGGACCUACUGUGAACAGAUGGAACAAGAUUUUCUUAGUAGCAUGUUUGAUUUCUCUUUAUGUGGACCCUCUCUUUUUUUACUUGCCAGUGGCAAAGGGUACUAUGUGCAUGGACGUAUGUGUAACCCUUGAAGUCGUUCUUACUGUCAUUAGGUCACUGGUUGAUGCAUUUUACAUUAUUCAGAUUCUUGUUCGGUUCAAAACAGCUUAUGUUGCUCCAUCCUCUCGUGUAUUUGGGAGAGGAGAGUUGGUUAUUGACCCUUCAAAGGUGGCUUCAAGGUAUAUUCACAAGGAUUUCUGGCUUGACCUUGUGGCUGCCCAACCCCUUCCACAGGUUUUGAUUUGGAUAGCAAUACCACAUUUAAGGGGUUCAAGAGUGAGAAGUACUAGACAUGUCCUUCGCUUAAUUAUCUUAUUUCAGUAUCUCCUGAGGCUUUAUCUUAUCUUUCCCCUUUCAUCUAAAAUUAUCAAGGCUACCGGGGUUGUUACAGAAACAGCAUGGGCUGGGGCAGCGUAUAAUCUGAUUCUCUACAUGUUGGCAAGCCAUGUUUUAGGAUCUUGUUGGUACCUCCUGGCAAUUGAAAGGCAAGAAGAAUGCUGGAACAAAGUUUGUAGUCUUCAGCAUCCAGAAUGCCAAUAUUGGUAUAUUGAUUGCCAUAAAGUUAAUGACCCCGGUAGAGACGCAUGGUUCAAAUCAAGCAAUAUUUCAGGUCUUUGUGGUGCAAGUAGUGAAUUCUUUGAUUUUGGCAUUUAUAGUGAUGCCUUAAAAUUUACUGUUAUAGAACCAAGGUUCUUGAACAAGUACUUCUAUUGUCUUUGGUGGGGCCUCAGGAAUUUAAGCUCUCUGGGACAGAAUCUUUUAACAAGUACAUAUGUUGGAGAAAUAAAUUUUGCUAUUAUCAUUGCAGUUCUAGGAUUGGUGCUUUUUGGACUGCUUAUUGGGAAUAUGCAAACAUACCUCCAAUCCACAACCAUGCGACUGGAAGAGUGGAGGAUUAGGAGGACUGAUACAGAAAAAUGGAUGUGUCAUAGGCAGCUACCACAUGAAUUAAAACAGAGUGUGCGUAAGUAUGAACAGUACAGAUGGAUUGCAACGCGAGGAGUUGACGAGGAAGCUGUUCUGAAAGGUCUCCCCAUGGAUCUCAGGCGAGAUAUCAAGCGCCAUCUCUGUCUUGAUCUAGUUAGACAAGUUCCACUCUUUAAUCAAAUGGAUGAAAGGAUGCUGGAUGCAAUAUGUGAAAGGCUAAAACCAUCUCUGUGCACUCCAAACACUUGCCUAGUUCGUGAAGGUGAUCCUGUCACUGAGAUGCUCUUCAUAAUCCGAGGCCAUCUAGAUUCUUGUACAACAAAUGGUGGUCAGUCCGGCUUCUUCAAUUUAUGCCACCUUGGCCCUGGUGACUUCUGUGGUGAGGAAUUGCUGACAUGGGCCUUGGACCCUCGGCCAAGUGUUGUCCUGCCCUCAUCCACGCGAACAGUGGGAUCCAUUAGUGAAGUUGAAGCUUUUGCUCUUAUUGCAGAGGACUUGAAGUUUGUAGCUGCUCAAUUCCGGAGGCUACAUAGCAAGCAACUAAGGCACACAUUUAGAUUUCACUCGCACCAAUGGAGGACAUGGGCUGCAUGCUUCAUACAAGCUGCUUGGUUCCGCUAUAAAAGACGGAAAGAGGCUUCUGAGCUCAAGAAAACACAGAGCUUUUUGGUAUCUUCUAAUGCUCCUGGAAUAGAGCAAACUAAUACACCAUUGCCUUCAAUGGGAUCAGGCUUUUCAUACGUGGCAAAACUGGCAGCAAGUACUAGAAGGGGUGGGAGCAAGCGAUGUGGACACGAAUUUGACAUGCUGAGUUCUUUGCAAAAGCCAGUUGAACCUGAUUUUACAGUUGAAGAGAGAUGAUGAGAUUAGAUUCCCUCCAUUAUAUUUUAGGUUAGCUCACAAUUCGUUCAUAUUAAAAGCACCAUAUGGGAAUGCCUAAGGAUUAGGAGUAACAUCUUAACAUUUACCAUAUGAAUGCAUGGUUCAUCUUUCUUAUAUCAAUUGUGAUAGUUGACUGGCUAGUGUUACUGUCAUACAAAGAAUAUAUGUAAAGAAAAAGAAAAUCAUUGCGAAAUUAAGUAUAGGACAUAGCCAUUUUCUUUGAAGAGUGAGAUUCCUCUUUGUACAAAUAUUCCGGUUAUGGGAAUUUUUUUUUGGCUUUUGUUUU